GCACAUUGAAAAGGUAACAUCAUUCACAUUUUAAAUUGAGCGCCGAAAAACAAUGGCCUCACUUCCGUGCACGAUGGCGGAAACUCUCUUCCUUUUCGUCGUUGUGAGAGGCAUCCGGCACGAUGAAAGCCAAGGGUGAAUUGAAGGAAUUCGAAGUGAUAGGGCGUAAGCUCCCUACGGAGAAGGAGAAAACUACGCCUUUAUACAAAAUGCGAAUAUUCGCUCCCGAUGCUAUUGUCGCAAAGUCCAGAUUUUGGUAUUUCUUGCGCCAAUUGAAGAAGUUUAAGAAGUCUACUGGAGAAAUUGUAUCUCUCAAGCAGAUCCCGGAGAAAACGCCUGUUAAAAUCAAGAACUUUGGAAUCUGGCUGAGAUAUGACUCUCGUUCCGGCACACACAACAUGUACAGGGAGUAUAGAGAUCUCUCUGUCAGUGGAGCUAUAACUCAGUGUUAUAGAGACAUGGGUGCACGUCAUCGUGCAAGAGCACACUCCAUCCAGAUCAUUAAGGUGGAAGUUGUGAAGGCUGCAAACUGCCGUAGACCACAAGUCAAACAGUUCCAUGACUCCAAAAUUAAGUUCCCGCUGCCUAAGAGAAUCCAUCACAGAAAUCGUAUGCCAUUGUUCAGCGUUCGUAAACCACGCACGUAUUUCCUCUAAAUUUUAAUGGCAUAACAUUGUAUAUUACACUAAAGGAAAUAAAAGUGCAUUCGAUAUGUAAUUUUUUGUAA